AUGGUCUUACGACCUCCAGCCUCGGCGCUGAAGUUUGACCUCGUCACAAAAUGCGCCACAACCAAAGCUCGCGCGGCCACGCUGCAUCUCCCACAUGGCCCCGUGCAGCUUCCCAUGUUCAUGCCUGUGGCCACCCAGGCGUCUCUCAAGGGCUUGACUCCUAAGCAGCUGGAGGAUACGAGUUGUCGAUUGUGCCUUAACAACACUUAUCACUUGGGGCUCAAGCCUGGGCAACAAACGCUUGAUGCGAUUGGCGGUGCUCAUAAGCUGCAAUCAUGGCCUCAUAAUAUCCUAACAGACAGCGGAGGCUUUCAAAUGGUCUCCCUCCUCAAACUCGCCCAAGUCACGGAAGAAGGCGUACGCUUCCUAAGCCCGCACGACGGCACGCCCAUGCUCCUCACCCCAGAGCACUCCAUCUCCCUCCAAAACUCCAUCGGCUCCGACAUCAUCAUGCAACUCGACGACGUAAUAGCCACCACAUCUCCCGACCACGCACGCAUCAAAGAAGCAAUGCACCGCUCCAUCCGCUGGCUGGACCGGUGCAUCGCCGCCCACCGUAACCCCAGCACCCAGAACCUCUUCUGCAUCAUCCAAGGCGGCCUAGACCUCGAUCUCCGCGCCGAGUGCACGCAGCAAAUGGUCGCGCGCGACACGCCCGGCAUUGCCAUCGGCGGUCUCAGCGGUGGCGAGGCGAAAGACCUGUACUGCAAGGUCGUGCACACUUGUACCAGUCUCUUACCCGAUCUCAAACCCCGCUACGUCAUGGGCGUCGGCUAUCCCGAGGAUAUCCUCGUCUCUGUUGCGCUGGGGGCGGAUAUGUUCGACUGCGUGUGGCCUACUCGCACCGCACGGUUCGGCAAUGCCAUCACAGGCACAGGCACAUUCAACUUACGGCACGCAGCCUACGCCAAUGACUUUCGACCGGUGGAAGAAGGGUGCAACUGCACAUGUUGUCGGCCAGAAAGCGAGGGCGGACUAGGCAUCACGCGAGCGUACAUUCACCACGUUGCGGCGAAGGAAACGGCCGGGGCCCAUCUACUGAGUAUGCACAAUGUGCAUCACUUGCUGGAUCUGAUGCGUGGAGCCCGAGAGGCGAUUGUUGAGCAACGGUACCCGGCGUUUUUGGUGGACUAUUUUCAUGGCAUGUACGCCGGAGACAAGGAGAGAUACCCUGGGUGGGCGGUGGAUGCACUGCGAGGCGUGGGCGUCGAUCUUUUGGCCGAUUGA